CCCAUCAUGGCCGCCGGACGUGUGUAGUCGGUGUGGUCUUUCUAGGUUGUUAUACAACUCAAAUGUUAAGUUUCAAGGGAUAUUGAGGAUAUAAUUAGAAACGUUUUAUGAGUAGAAUUCGUAGUAGAGACGAAAUGUCCUCAAGUUCGUCUCAGGAAGUAUCACCUCUGCAUAAAAGUCGAAAGGUCGAUAAAGACAAUAAGGAGCAAGACGAAGCAGGGGCUCCAAGCCUCAAAAUCAUCUAUGAACUGUUACUGGACAUGAAAAGCGAUAUGUCAAAAAUAAGAGAAGAAAACUCCUAUCUUAAAGAAGGCUUUGAAGAGUUAAAGAAAACAGCAGAGUGGCAUGACAAAGAUAUUGAAGCACUUAAGGCAGAGAACGUUACUUUAAGAAGCGAGGUAAAGGACCAAGGCGAGUCAGUUAAAAGUCAAUCAAAUCAAAUCAGUGCACUAGAGCAAGCCCUAGAUGAUCUGGAACAGUACACGCGUAAAUUCAACCUAGAAAUUCAUGGAAUACCGGAGAAGAAAAACGAAGAUCUUGAUAUUAUAGUGGAAGACCUAGCUAAGGCUAUCGGCGUGGAGAGCUUCGAAUAUGGCGAUAUCGACAUAGUACACCGCCUGGAAUCUAAAUUUAAACCAAGACCUGUUAUUGUCAGAUUCCAGAAUUACGACGACAAAAGAAACAUUUACGAAGCRAGAAGAAAAUUGAMAUAUUACARGAAAGAUGAAGAGAAAUUAAAUGGCGCCGAGAGAAUCUUUAUAAACGAAAAUUUAACCACAGUCCGCAAGAUCCUUUACGCACAGACAAGAAAAAGAGCAAAACAGAACCAUUGGUACUCUACGUGGACAAAUGACGGCAAAAUCUUUGUCAGGAAAAGGAAAGGAGAAAAGGCUGUCAAAAUAACCAAAGAAKCGGACUUGGAGGAUCUUUAUAGYUGA